UGCAGCUUUGAUACAAAGAGCCCUUCGGCCCACGCGGGUCUCCCGGCAACGGGCGCGGGCGGGGGUGGGGCUGCCGCCCUCCACGGGUUCCGAACCGAGUGCGGCGCGGCCGGGGGUUCCCUGAGCUGUCGAGGCUGCCUGCCUGCCGCGUCCCUGCGCGAACCUCUGCCCCGCGCCCAACGGCGUCCGCUUCUCUGCAGUGCACCGACCAGCGGCCGGACCGGGAUGCGCACCCCACCGGCCCCCGGGAGCCAGGGCAGUGAGGUCGCAGGCCCUGCAUACGCUGAUGGCGAGCUCAUCCCCAGAGAGCCCGGCUUCUUUCCUGAGGACGAGGAAGAGGCCAUGACGCUGGCCCCGCCUGAGGGCCCCCAGGAGUCAGACAUGGACAGCCCCAUGGAGAGCACCCAGAGCCUGGAGGGGUCUGUCGGGAGUCCUGCUGAAGAGAAGGACGGGGGACUUGGGGGCCUGUUUCUGCCAGAGGACAAGUCCCUGGUCCACACUCCCUCCAUGACCACGUCAGACCUGUCCACGCACUCUACUGCCUCCCUCAUCAGCAACGAAGAACAGUUUGAAGACUACGGGGAGGGAGACGAUGUGGACUGUGCCCCCAGCAGCCCCUGCCCUGAUGACGAGACCAGGACCAACGUCUACUCAGACCUGGGGUCUUCAGUGUCUUCCAGUGCGGGGCAGACACCUAGGAAAAUGCGGCACGCAUACAACAGUGAAUUAUUGGAUGUGUACUGCUCUCAGUGCUGCAAGAAGAUCAACCUCCUGAAUGACUUGGAAGCCCGGCUGAGAAACUUGAAGGCCAACAGCCCCAACCGAAAGAUUUCCAGCACAGCCUUUGGACGGCAGCUCAUGCACAAUAGCAACUUCAGCAGUAGCAAUGGCAGCACAGAAGACCUGUUCCGGGACAGCAUCGACUCCUGUGACAAUGACAUCACAGAAAAGGUGAGCUUUCUGGAAAAAAAGGUGACAGAACUGGAGAAUGACAGCCUGACCAAUGGGGACCUGAAGAGCAAGCUGAAACAGGAGAACACACAACUGGUGCACAGGGUGCACGAGCUGGAGGAGAUGGUGAAGGACCAGGAGACCACAGCCGAGCAGGCCCUGGAGGAGGAGAUGCGGCGACAUCGUGAAGCCUACAGCAAGCUGGAAAGGGAGAAGACCACCGAGGUCGAACUGCUCAACGCCAGGGUGCAGCAAUUAGAGGAAGAAAAUACAGAACUUAGAACAACAGUAACUCGGCUCAAGUCUCAAACAGAGAAACUGGAUGAGGAGCGGCAGCGCAUGUCUGACCGGCUGGAGGACACCAGCCUGCGACUCAAGGAUGAGAUGGACCUGUACAAGCGCAUGAUGGACAAGCUGCGGCAGAACCGCCUCGAGUUCCAGAAGGAGCGGGAGGCCACUCAAGAGCUCAUCGAGGACUUGCGGAAGGAGCUGGAGCAUCUGCAGAUGUACAAGCUGGACUGUGAGCGGCCAGGCCGGGGCCGAAGUGCAUCCUCUGGCCUGGGCGAGUUCAAUGCCAGGGCCCGUGAGGUGGAGCUGGAACACGAGGUCAAGCGGCUCAAGCAGGAGAAUCAUAAGCUGCGGGAUCAGAAUGACGACUUGAAUGGGCAGAUUCUGAGCCUCAGCCUCUACGAAGCAAAGAACCUUUUUGCCACCCAGACCAAAGCCCAGUCCCUGGCUGCAGAAAUAGACACAGCCUCACGUGAUGAGGGUAUGAUCAUGAAAGGUCAGCUCUCCAAAUGCCCUGGGACCCUCCACACUGGAAUGUCAGAGCUAAUGGAAGCCUUGAAGGAACAGGAGGAGAUCAACUUCCGGCUGAGGCAGUACAUGGACAAGAUUAUCCUCGCUAUCCUGGACCACAACCCCUCCAUCCUUGAGAUCAAACACUAAGACACGGGGGUUGGCUGCAGAGCAGCCUCAGGACCCUGGGACCACGGGGCAGACCCUGCCCAAGGAUGCAGGCCCAGGCCCGGCCUCACACUCCCUCUGUAAAUGUAUCUCUGGCCACUGUAUAUUGCGCGUACCGAUGUAUUUGUGGGGAGGCCGUGUGCACAAGCAAGGGAUGAGCGUGAGGCCAUGGCUGUGGGUGACGUCUGCACAGUAGUUGUCCAUGCACUUUGUGGCCCCUUUGCAAGGGUCAGAGGGUUCUGGAAGUGGGAAGGGGCAAGGUCUGCUAUCAGGAGUUACUGUAAUAACAAAACUGGAAGCUCAUGUUUCAGGUACUGGAUAAAAUGAUUCUACCUCUGAGGAUAAGGAUUAAAA